AUGAACCUUGGAGACAAGAGCAACAACGAAUUACUAUUCAUCAACUUCAAUCAAGACUUCAGUUGCAUCUCGGUGGGCACCAAGACAGGCUACAGGAUUUACAAUUGUGAACCAUACGGCAAAUGCUACUCAAAACCUUCUGGUGGCACUGGCAUUGUGGAAAUGCUCUUUUGUACUUCACUUGUGGCACACGUUGGUGCUGGCGACGAGCUUAAUAUUUCUCCCAGGCACCUACACAUCAUCAAUACCAAGAGAGAAUCCGUGAUAUGCGAAUUGACUUUUUCAACAACUGUCCUAGCAGUCAAGAUGAAUCGUCGACGUUUGAUCGUUGUACUUGAAGAGCAGAUAUUCGUGUACGACAUCAGCAACAUGAAAUUACUGCAUACCAUUGAUACCAGCCCCAAUCCAAAUGCUGUUUGUGCCUUAUCACCUUCAAGCGAGAAUUGCUACAUUGCAUAUCCAUCACGAUCAGCAUCCAGCACCGUUUUCUCGAGCACCCAAACAUCCCAACCAUACUACGUCAAUGGCGACAUUGAGAUCUUUGAUGCAUUAUCUUUACAACUUGUCAACAUUGUUCAAGCACACAAGAGCCCUAUUAGCAACAUUGCCAUGAAUGCAGAUGGUACACUGCUCGCAACCGCAAGUGAAAAGGGCACCGUGAUUCGUGUAUUUUCAGUACCUGGAGCAAACAAGGUGUAUCAAUUCCGCCGGGGAUCUUAUCCUGCCAAGAUUUAUUCAAUGACAUUCAACCUCUCCAGCACGCUCUUGUGUGUCUCAAGUGAUACUGAAACGGUUCACAUCUUCAAGUUGUCUACAGGUGCUGCACCUACUGCAAAUGGCAAUGGCAACAAUGGAUAUGGUGGUGGUGGUGGCGUUGGUGGAGGAAUGGUAGGCUACAAUGGCGAUCAAACACAACCUGAUACACGUGGACGUAGUGGAAGUAUGGGACAAAUGCUUCGAAGGUCCUCUUUGCACAUUGGACGCAACAUUGCAGGUAGCGUAGGAUCGUAUCUACCAGAGAUGAUUACCGAAAUGUGGGAACCUGCAAGGGACUUUGCAUUCUUGAAGCUGCCAAACAGUGGUGUGCGCAGUCUGGUCGCAUUCAGCACAACCCCUCAAGUCAUGGUGGCCACUUCGGAUGGAUUCUUUUAUCAAUACAACAUUGAUUUGGAAAAUGGUGGCGAAUGCGUUCUCCUUAAACAAUACAGCUUAUUGGAGUCGACUGAUGGGGUGAAUGGAUCAAGCAUCAAUGACGACUAG